CGCGGAGCUCGGAUUUGAGGGGCCCGGGCGGGGGGAAGAGAAGAACUUGAUUAUUGUGAUUUCUUCUUCUUCUUCUUCUUGGAAGCCGCGAAAAUUUGUUUCCGGAAAGUUUUGCGCUCGGAGGAUCCUUCCAGAUAUUUCUUCAUUUUCACUUUGGAAGAUCGACUUACUUUCUUCUUCUUCUUCUUCUCCCAGCUUAUUGCUCCCCCAUUCAUCUCGUCGGACAGCGUGGAAGGAGAACGUGAAGCGAAUUCUCGACCGCGGAACAACGCUUUCAAGCUUUUGGGGGGUUCGAUCCCCCCCCCCCUCGACCCCCUGCCGCUUCCCCGUCCUCAUCCAGCAUCCCCGGAGUCCGGACCGGAGCCUGGACUCUCUCCGCGGGGUGCGGCGGCAUCCGUCCUCCAGGACCCUGGGCACCGCACGGGGACGGCGCCGAAACUUUGUCACUGUUUGAGCGGGACGUGGCCGUCCCCCUUCCCCGAGCGGCCCGAGGACAGCGCACUUUAAGAAAUAAAAUCUGGCUGGUUGAGAUUUUCUUCUUUUUUGGGGGGGGGAGAAGAGGACACGCUCGGCUCACCCCGGAUUUGCAUCUUCACCUUCAUCAACCCGGCCAGCAGCGUUGGCUUCCCGGCGACCUCAGCGUGGUCACAGGGGCCCCCCUGUGCCCAGGGAAAUGUUUCAAGCUUUCCCUGGAGACUACGACUCCGGUUCCCGGUGCAGCUCUUCACCCUCCGCCGAGUCGCAGUAUUUGUCCUCGGUGGAUUCGUUCGGCAGCCCCCCUACCACCGCCGCCGCCUCCCAGGAGUGCGCCGGUCUCGGGGAAAUGCCCGGUUCCUUCGUGCCCACGGUCACGGCGAUCACCACCAGCCAGGACCUCCAGUGGCUUGUGCAACCCACACUCAUCUCUUCCAUGGCCCAGUCCCAGGGGCAGCCACUGGCCUCCCAGCCCCCAGCUGUGGACCCCUAUGAUAUGCCAGGGACAAGCUACUCCACACCGGGCCUGAGUGGCUACAGCAGUGUUGCAGCUGGUGCCAGUGGCGGGCCUUCUACCAGUGGCACCACCAGUGGACCUGGGCCUUCCCGCCCAGCGCGAGCCCGGCCCAGGAGACCCCGGGAAGAGUCGCUUACCCCAGAAGAAGAAGAGAAGCGAAGGGUUCGCAGGGAAAGAAACAAGCUAGCAGCGGCUAAAUGCAGGAACCGGCGUCGGGAACUAACCGACAGGCUGCAGGCGGAGACAGAUCAACUUGAGGAAGAAAAGGCCGAGCUGGAGUCGGAGAUCGCCGAGCUGCAGAAGGAGAAAGAGCGCCUGGAGUUUGUGCUGGUGGCCCACAAGCCGGGCUGCAAGAUCCCGUUCGAAGAGGGCCCGGGGCCCCUGGCGGAGGUGAGAGGCUUGCCGGGGUCCUCCGCUAAGGAAGACGGUCUCCGCUGGCUGCUGCCGCCCCCGCCGCCGCCCCUGCCCUUCCACGCCGGCCAGGACGCGGCCCCCACGCUCACCGCUUCUCUCUUUACACACAGUGAAGCUCACGUCCUCGGCGACCCCCUCCCCGUUGUUAACCCUUCGUACACCUCCUCGUUUGUCCUCACCUGGCCCGAGGCCCCCGAGUUCGCCGGCGCCCAGCGCAGCAGCGGCAGCAGCGAGCAGCCCGCCGACCCCCUGAGCUCGCCCUCCCUCCUCGCUCUGUGACCCCGACACGAGCCGAACCGGGACGCACACGCGUGCACGAGCGCACACGCACACACACACACAACCAAAAGACAAAGCAGAGAACAUUUGGGACCAAGGAGGAGGAGGAGGAGGAAGAGGAGGAAGAGGAGAGGGGAAGAGACACACAGAGCCCUCCCUCCCUCAUCCAUCCAUUCAUCUACCCAUCCAUGGGAUCUUCUGGACUUGAGUUCGAAUCCUGCCACUGCCACUGGACUGAAGGAGAGCCCGCCAUGUGUUCUGUGCCUCCUCUUGUAAUCCGUACCCCCCUCCAGCCAGCUGGUGACUUUGGAUUGGGGUGGGGGAGAGGAAGAAAAGGGGGAG